UCAACCCCAACAUCCACCUCAAACUCCACCUCAUCCACCUCAAGAAUCAUUCCAACCUCAACCCCAACCUCCUUUCCAAACUCCACUCUAACUACUUCAACAAUCACCCCAACCUCCUCUUCAAACUCCACCCCAACCCCUUCCACAACCACCUCAAACUCCUCCUCAAACUCCACGCUAACCGUCUCAACAAUCACCGCAACCUCAACCCCAACCUCCUCAACCUCCAUCCCAACUGCCUCAGUAAUCACCCCAAACUCAAUCCCAACCUCCACCUCAAACUCCACCUCAACCACCUCAAGAAUCAUUCCAACCUCAACCCCAACCUCCUUUCCAAACUCCACUCUAACUACUUCAACAAUCACCCCAACCUCCUCUUCAAACUCCACCCCAACCCCUUCCACAACCACCUCAAACUCCUCCUCAAACUCCACGCUAACCGUCUCAACAAUCACCGCAACCUCAACCCCAACCUCCUCCUCAACCUCCAUCCCAACCGCCUCAUUAAUUACCCCAACCUCAACCCCAACGUCCACCUCAAACUCCACCUCAACCACCUCAAGAAUCACCCCAACCUCCUCCUCAAACUCCACUCCAACCUCUUCAACAAUCACUCCAACCUCAACCCCAACCUCCUCCGCAAACUCCACCUCAACUACGUCAGCAAUCGACCAAUCUUCAACCACACCCUCCUCCUCAACCUCCAUCACAACCGCCUCAGUAAUCACUCCAACCUCAACCCUGAACUCCUCCUCAAACUCCACCCCAACUGCCUCAACAAUCAGCCAAACGUCCUCCUCAAACUCCACCCCAACUGCCUCAACAAUGUCCCAAAUUUCCUCGUCAAACUCCACCCUAACCGCCUCAACAAUCACUCCAACCUCAACCCCAACUUCUUCAUCAAACUCCACCCUAACCACCUCAACAACCACUCCAACCUCAAUCCCAACCUCCUCGUCAAACCCCACCCCAAUCGCAUCCACAAUCACCCAAACCUCAACCCCAACCUCCUCUUCAAACUCCAUCCCAACCACCUCAGUAAUCACUCCAAACUCAACCCCCACCUCCUCUUCAAACUCCACACCAACAGCUUCCACAAUCACCCCAACCUCAAUCCCAACCUCCUCUUCAAGCUCCACCCUAACCGCCUCAACAAUCACCCAAACCUCAACCCCAUACUCCUCCUCAACCUCCAUCUCAACUGUCUCAACACUCACCCAAACCUCAACUCCAAACUCCUCCACAAACUCCAUCCCAACCGCCUCAGUAAUCACCCCAACCUCAACGCCAAGCUCCUCCUCAAACUCCACCUCAACCGCCUCAACAAUCACACCAACCUCAACACCAGACACCUCCUCAAACUCCACUCCAACCACCUCAGAAAUCAUCCCAACCUCAACACCAACCUCCUCUUCAAACUCCAUCCCAACUGCCUCAGUAAUCACCCCAAACUUAACCCCAAGCUCCUCUUCAAAUUCCUCCCCAACUGCUUCCACAAUCACCCCAACCUCAACCUCAACCUCCUCCUCAAACUCCACCCUAACUGCCUCAACAAUCACACCAACCUCAACCCCAAUUUCCUCCUCUACCUCCAUCCCAACCGCCUCAACAAUCACCCCAACCUCAACCCUAACCUCCUCUUCAAACUCCACCCUAACCGCCUCAACAAUCAUUCCAACCUCAAUCCCAACCUCCUCUUCAAAUUCCACCCCAACCUCUUCCACAAUCACCUCAACCUCAACCUUCUCCUCAAACUCCACCCUAACCACCUCAAGAAUCACUCCAACCUCAACCGCAAACUCCUCCCCAAACUCCACCUCAACCGCCUCAACAAUGACCCCAACCUCAACCCGAACCUCCUCCACAAACUCCACCUCAACCGCCUCAACAAUCACCCUAACCUCAACCCCAACCUCCUCCUCAACCUCCAUCCCAACCACCUCAGUAAUCACCCCAACAUCAACCCCAACCUCCACAUCAAACUCCACCUCAUCUGCCUCAACAAUCACCCCAACCUCCCUCUCAAACUCCACCCCAACAGCCUCAACAAUCACCCAAAUGUCCUCCUCAAACUCCACCUCCACCAUCUCAACAAUCACCCUAACCUCAAUCCCAACCCCAUCCUCAACCUCCAUCCCAAGCGCCUCAGUAUUCACCCCAACCUCAACUCCAAUCUCCUCCUCAAACUCCACUUCAACCGCCUCAACAAUCACCCCAACCUCAACCCCAACCUCCUCUUCAAACUCCACCCCAACAGCCUCAACAAUCACCCAAACCUCCUCAAACUCCACCCUAACCACCUCAACAGUGUCUCCAACUUCAACCCCAACCUCCUCCUCAAACUCCAACCUCACUGCCUCAGCAAUCAUCCCAACCUCCUCCUCAAACUCCACCCUAACUGCCUCAACAAUCACCCCAACCUCAAUCCCAACCUCCUCCUCAAACCCCACCCUAACUGCCUCUGCAAUCACCCCAACCUCAACCCCAAACUCCUCCUCAACAUUCUCCCCAACUUCUACCCCAACCACCACACUAACUACCAACUCAACAACCACCUCAAACACAACAUCUACCUCCGCUCCAUCCACCACCCCAACGUCCACUUCAACCUCCAUCUUAACCACCACCCCAACCACCAUCACCCACUUCUCCACAUCACUCACUACAGCCUGUGCACCGCUGAGGUUCCUUCGUAUUAAUUUGAUAUCAGUGGAAAGUGAAGUAAUCUCCAUCACCUGGGAGACUAACAAUGCAUUCAAACAGCCUCAUUUCAAUGCCACAAUCUCCGCGGGGAACUACAUGGAGCGAAUUCAAACUGAGAAACAAGCAGCAGAAUUUAGUGGUUUACAGCCGGACGUUGAAUAUCAGAUAAUAAUAUCCACUACAACUUGUGGUCAGCAGCAGACAAUUACAAGGAAGGUCAGGACAGUUGCCACGGUAGUGGAGGUGUCAACAAGGAUUACAAAUGUAGAGUUCACACCAGAUCUGAAAAAUGAAAACAGCCAGGAGUACAAAGACUUUGUAACGAAUUUCAUUGUUGAAUUGACAAAAGGAUUUAGUGCCACUGUCCAGGCUUUAAUCAAGAGUGGAAGAAUGACUAUUACUGUCACAUCUAUUGAACAAGGGAGUGUGGUUGUUCAAUUUUCUGUAGCAACAUCAACAAACGUGACUGUCCCUCUAACCAAUAUCAAAAAAUCGGUUGUUGAUUCUUUAAAGAACAGUACAACGUUCGAUGUAGACCUACAAAACACGACCAUUUCAGACAGAGACAGCUGCCAGCCUGGGCUGAAUGAUUGUUCAGGUAAUGGAACUUGUAUAAGACUGAACGCAACCUACACCUGUCAAUGUAACGCUGGGUUCAGAGAUAAAAGCCCCAGUGUACCUGGAAGGAUAUGUGAAGAUGUUGACGAGUGUCAGAUUGGGAACAACACAUGCUCUGAUUUAGCAGUCUGCACGAAUACGCCAGGAAAUUUCUCUUGUAGCUGUUUCCAGGGGAUUGUAGAUACCAAUCCAGCAAACCCAGGAACACAGUGCAGAGAUCCUAAUACAUGUUUCCUAAAUCAGACGAAUAUCUGUGCUUUGUCUGACUGCUUAACGAUGACGGUCAGUGAAUGCAACAAUCGGAAAGCAUUCAGAAUGAGGGCAGUAUUGAAAUCCAGAGAAUUCAGCAAUGAGUUAAAAAAUCCCAGCAGUGAAGCCUACAAGAGUUUAUCAGCUGAAAUUACAAAUGCAGUUGUACAAACCGUACAAGAUAAACUAAAUGAUAACAAUUUUAAUAUCACCAUCAUUGGUUUUCAAAAUGGAAGUGUGGUUGUGAAUCUCCUGGCUUUCCUGAGCAUCAACUCAAAAGUAACUAAUCCCAACCUGCAAAGUGUUUUUACCGACGCAAUCAAAGCAGUUGAUAACCAAAGCUCCGUCAGUAUAACAGGUACUACACAAGCGUCAACUGUGGCUCCAACUCUGUCGCAGACUAUUCCCACGGCGCAGAUUCAGCCAGAAAGCCCUGGAUUCAGAGUGUCCACAGUAGUAGUGGGAGUUCUUCUAGGUUUUGCUCUGCUGGUUAUCAUGGCAAUAACACUGACAGUGCUUUAUACAAGGAAACACUCUGGGAUACUUUCCUUUGGUUCUUUUAAUAUGCCUUACAACUUACAGCAUUCUGUCUUAUAG